UCUCUCUCCCUUUCUCUCACUCCCUCACACAAGCUGUGCCCGGGGGACCAGAUAGUCUCUCCUGCAUCCAGCGGAGCACACGCUCAUUUCUCCACACACCAGCUCUGAGUGAGAACUCAGUAGGGGUGUCUGGGAUAGCUGGCAAAGGGACGUUUCUGGGAUUGCUACCAACCAGACACACAGAGAGCAGGGGAGAGACAAGAAUGGGCAAAUCCGAAAGCCAACUGGACAUCAUGGAAAAAUCUACCAAACCAGAAAAGCGCCAUUGGACUGUUGCGGAGAUCGGACUAUCCGUGUUGUUGUUGCUGGUCAGUUGCGCUCUGGCCGGUCUUAUAGUCCUGUACACGUCUGCUCUGAAAGAGCGAAGUAACAGACCAGGUGUGUCCAGGAACUCAGUCUCUGAAGGGCAGCUGUAUCGCUCCAGCAUCAACAAUGUGUGCACAACUCCGGAGUGUGUGACAGCAGGCGCCCGUCUCCUGCAGAACAUGGAUGCCACCGUGGAGCCAUGUCAGAACUUCUACCAGUACGCUUGCGGGGGCUGGCUGGAGAGCCAUGUGAUUCCAGAGACCAGCUCUCGCCACAGUGUCUUUGACAUCCUGAGAGACAAGCUGGAGAUUGUCCUCAAAGGUGUUCUUGAGACAGAAAAUGAACAGGACCGGGAAGCCAUAAAGAAGGCCAAAACCCUCUACACCUCCUGCAUGAACGAGAGUCUGAUUGAGCAGCGUGACUCCCAGCCCCUCCUCAGGCUCAUUGACAGUGUAGGAGACUGGCCUGUUGCCUCAGAGGACUGGAACAGCACCACGGAGGAUGCCUGGAGUCUGGAGGACACGCUGAUCAAACUCACCUCUCGCUUCCACAAGAAGGUGCUGCUGGACAUGUACGUGUGGACGGACGACCGCGACUCCAGCCGCCACAUCAUCUACAUCGACCAGCCUGGACUGGGAAUGCCAUCCAGAGACUACUACUAUAACGAUGGAAACUACAAAAAGGUACGAGAGGCCUACUUACAGUUCAUGGUUUCCAUGGCGAAGAUCGCACGAGAGGACCGGAACUUGACCCAGGAUGAUGAGCGCGUGUGGGAGGAAAUGCUGCAGGUGCUGGAGCUGGAGACAGACAUCGCCAACGCGACGUCCCCAGCCGAGGAGAGGCAGGACGUCACCGUGCUCUACAACAAGAUGACCCUCAGCGAGCUCCAGGACACCUUCAGUCUCAACGGCUUCAACUGGACCCGCUUCGUCCAAGGAAUACUGUCCAGUGUGGAUGUUGAGCUGCGGCAGGACGAGGAGGUGGUGGUGUACAGCGCCCCCUACCUUGAAAAGAUGAACAGCGUUCUCUCCAAACACAGUGUCAGGACCAUGCAGAACUACCUGACGUGGCAGCUCGUCAUUGAGAGAGUCAGCAGCUUGAGCCGGCGUUUCAAGGAUGCCAGGUCUCAGUACAGGAAGGCUCUGUAUGGGACCACUGUGGAGGAAGCACGUUGGCGGGACUGUGUGCGUUAUGUUCAGAGCAGCAUGGAGAAUGCCGUUGGAGCCCUCUAUGUUCGGGAGACCUUCGCUGGGGAGAGCAAGCGCAUGGUGAGUGAUCUCAUCAGUAAGAUCCAGGAAGCGUAUGUGGAGACUCUGGAGGAGCUGAGCUGGAUGGAUGGCCCCUCCAAAGAGAAGGCAAGAGAGAAGGCCAUGGCCAUCAAGGAGCACAUUGGAUACCCGGACCAUAUUCUGGAAGACAGCAAUCAGAAGCUGGAUCAGGAGUAUGCACAUUUGAAUUUCAGCGAGGAAAACUACUUUGAGAACAUCCUGGAGAACCUUGAGGCCGAAGCCCACAAGAGUCUUAAGAAGCUUCGUGAGCCUGUGGACCCUGACCUGUGGAUCAUCGGUGCUGCCGUGGUGAACGCCUUUUACUCGCCAAACAGAAACCAGAUUGUCUUCCCAGCUGGAAUCCUGCAGCCUCCCUUCUUCAGCAAGAAGCAGCUUCAGGCUCUCAACUUUGGGGGGAUUGGGAUGGUGAUUGGACAUGAGAUCACCCAUGGCUUUGAUGACAAUGGGCGUAACUUUGACAAGGAUGGUAACAUGCUGAACUGGUGGAGUAACUACUCAGCAGAGCACUUCAAGGACCAGUCACAGUGCAUGGUUCAACAGUAUGGUAACUUCCACUGGAAGCUCGCAGGGGGACAAAAUGUCAGUGGAAUCAGCACCUUGGGGGAGAACAUCGCUGACAAUGGAGGAGUUCGACAAGCUUACAAGGCCUAUCUGAAGUGGGUCGAGAGAGAGGGGGAGGAGCCUCGUUUGCCUGGUCUGGACAUGGACCAUAAACAGCUGUUUUUUCUGAACUUUGCCCAAGUGUGGUGUGGUGCCUAUCGGCCUGAAUAUGCCAGCCAGUCUAUCAAAACAGACUCCCACAGUCCCCUAGAAUACAGGGUACUUGGCUCCCUGCAGAACUUCGGUGCUUUUGCCGAAGCGUUCCAGUGCAAAAAAGGCACUCCCAUGAACCCUGAGUCCAAGUGUCGGGUGUGGUAGUCCUCUUCUGCCCUCCCUGUGGUAUUUCUUGACAGGGGGCAGUGGAACACAAGAGAACAGUUAGCUACCCACCAGUGUUCCACACACCUCACAGACAUGUCCUGCCUCAGAGCUUGUCUCAUUUAUUUACAUGGCAGGGGGA